AUGGCCGAUAUCACAGACCAGCACGACCAGACCUCGCCUACCGAGCUCGAUGACUCGCAGAACGUAGGCAAUGGCAAUGCCGCCGAGUCUCGCGGCGUCAAGCGCCAGCGUCCUUCAGCUGGCGACGACGACGAUGAUGAUGACGAGAAGGGCAGUCGCGAGCGUCGCAAGAUUGAGAUCAAGUUCAUCAGCGACAAGUCUCGCCGACAUAUCACAUUUUCCAAGCGCAAGGCUGGAAUUAUGAAGAAGGCUUACGAGCUUUCUGUUCUUACAGGCACCCAGGUCUUGCUUCUUGUAGUUUCUGAAACCGGUCUCGUUUAUACCUUUACUACACCUAAGCUCCAGCCCCUCGUGACAAAGUCUGAGGGUAAGAACUUGAUUCAGGCAUGCCUGAAUGCUCCCGAACCAACCCCAGGCAACGAGAACGGCGUCGACGGUGGCGACCAGGUCGAGUCUCCCGAAGAACCUCCCAACCAGCACCUCCCUCCUCAAGGCAACCGACCUGGCAUGCCCCAGAACCCUCAUAUGCCCAAUAACUACAUGCCCAACAUGCCCAUUGAUCCCCAGCAAGCCUUGGCUUACCAAAGCUACGUGCAACGGAAUCAGGCUUAUGGUUCAGGCCUACCUCCUCAACCAGGUAUGCCUGCUGGCAGCCAUCAUCAGUCGUAA